GCAAGAUUAAUUGGGUGUACAAAGUUGCGGAAUCAUUUGACGAAGCUCACGUGUCCGUGGAUGGAGAUUUAAGUCUAGAGAUUGGUUCAUCAGAUUAUUUUGAGGCUCUUGUUUCUUUGCUAGAUGAGACAUCGAGACGAACGAUCGUGAAUUACAUACACUGGAACUUUUUGAGCAAAAUGAUAGAGGCUACAACGAGUGAAAUGAGAGAAUUAUACUACGCAUGGGACGAUUGGCAACUAUGGGAAGAAGAAGAUGAAGAAAAUGAAGAAGAUGAAGAAGAUGAAGAAGAUGAAGAGGAAAGCGAAAAAGAAAGGAGAUCGAUCACAUGCAGGAGAAAAGCACAACUGCAUGACAUUCUAGCGUACGAGUAUGUGAAACGACAUUUCUCAGAUGAUGUUACGAAAACAGUAAGCAUUUAAUAUUAAUUCUAAACA